UGGAAGGGGCUCCACAUUCAAACCUCGGCCGACUCUCAUCGCUCCACUGCGUAGCACUCUCUCAUUCCUACUAGAUACUACGCGCGUGCUGCUGCUGCUCCGUUGCAUUGCACCGACUCUAGCUCGCAACGGGCAUUAGAAAGGAAGGGAAGGGAAUGGAAGGAGGGAGAGGAGAGGAGAGGAGUGAACAGCUGAGGAAAGGGCAAGUGGUCAAAGGACGGGGAUAGAGGACAGUCAGUAUUGUGCAUUAGGUCGGAGAGUACCUGAUUUUGUUUCUGGAGUGUCGACUAGUAUUUGUUUCCUCGGCAUCAAUAUGCUGCUGCUGACCUUGUAGAUUGAAGCUUGAAGCUCUUCUGGUUGCGCUAAUCUUCUGUUUUUUUCAUACUCUGCCUGGUCUGAUAGUCUUCACGCGCACAUCGCUCUCCGCCUUGUUGGUUCUAGAUCUGGUUAGCUGCCGUCUUCUGGGUUUGGGGGGGUUUUCUUUUUUUCCGCACUUGAGAGGGGAUCUUGUGUAUAGCGUAUUCGAAGGCCUGCCUUUUUGUGGGGUAGUCUUUGUUGGUGGUUGUAUGCGAGAUUUCAGGGGUGGGGCGUGUUCGUGGCGGUUGAAGUGAUCUGGGGUUGGGUUUCAAGGUCAUCACAUUUGUGGGUAUGUGGGUUGGGUUGAGAGGUUGCGCUUGGUUGGGGAUUCUGUGUUAGACGGUGGUGUGGGUUUAGGAAUUUCAGGGCAUUCGUGAAGUUGAUCAUGGGGGCGACGACCAUAGGGAUGAUGGACGCGGCCUACUUUGUGGGCCGCAAUGAGAUUUUGAGCUGGGUGAAUAGCACGCUGGAGCUGUCGCUGAGCAAGGUGGAGGAGGCGGCGUCAGGGGCUGUUUACUGCCAGCUGAUGGACGUAGUGCACCCGGGGAUGGUGUCGAUGCACAAGGUGAGCUUCGACGCGAAGUCGGAGUACGAGAUGAUACAGAACUACAAGGUGCUGCAGGAUGUCUUCAACAAGCUGAAGAUCGGGCGGCACAUCGAAGUGAGCAAGCUGGUGAAGGGGCGGCCCCUGGAUAACCUGGAGUUUCUGCAGUGGAUGAAGAGGUACUGUGAUCAGAUCAAUAACAACCACGUGAAUCCCACGUACAAUGCGGCGGAGAGGAGAGAGUCUUGCAAGGGUGGUAAGGAGACCAACAGGCGUGUGGUGGGGAUGAGCUCCAGUGGCCAGAGCAGCGUCAAGUCUGCAUCUAACGCGAAUGUGAAGACGAGCUCGGGUGCAGCUCGGCGGGUAACGACGGAUAACUCGACUCCGAAUAUGAACGGCAGUGGGAGAAGUGGCGGUUCGAGUGAGGCGCAUGUGAAUGUGACGAAGCACACCAAGGAGCAGGCGUCUGCUUCAAUCGAGGAUCACGUGAAGCAGAUCACAGAAUUGAAGCUAUCGGUGUCAAAUCUAGAGAAGGAGCGCGAUUUUUACUUCACGAAGCUGCGUGACAUCGAGAUUCUGUGUCAAGCUCAAGAGCUAAGCCACAUUCCGGUUGUAAAGGCUGUGCAAAGAAUUCUAUAUGCAGCAGAAGACGAGUCCUCGGUGAUAGCUGAGGCGCAAGCUAUGAUGGAGGAGUUGGAUCGGGACAUCCUCUCACCAGGAUCCCAGAAUAUGGACGACGACAGUAAGGAUCUUUUAGAGUAGUGUUGACGGCACUAUUACUCGCAGCCAAGGACUCAGCAUACGAGUGGUAUAUUAAAGACAUGGAUGCCGUCUCGCGUGCCAGAUGGUGCUGUCCAGGCUUUUACCUUAUUUCCUCGUGUUCCCAGCGGCUUGUCUAGCCAUACAUCAGGCGUAUUGAUCUCGAAUUUGUCUAUUUGCUAGCUGAACAGCGUAGUGUAGGGUAAUGGCGAUGAGAUAUUUUUAGAUACGAUAUGUUGGCCCGAGUCUCCGUUCAGAAGACGCCUCUCUACGAAGUCGGCCAACAACAGGAUAGUCUGUGAAUAGAAUUUGUACGGUAGAAGUAUGUAGCGUUUUCAGUCUUAUUAUUCUUAAUGGUUGUAGUCCUUGAAGGCUCUAGGCCGAGGGCCGGGUCGGCGAAGACCCUAUAAGUUUGAAUACUGGAAGAUUUGCUUCACCUUACUAGUGAGAGUCGUGUAAUGUCCACGUGGUAUUAACGUUUGCUUGAAAGUUUAA